CGACCAGCACACCAACACACUUACGCAAACAUGACCGAAACGCCAACACCCACAAAGGCCACAACAACGCUCCUCGAUCUCCCAAUCGAUGUACUCGUCCUCAUCACUCCGUAUCUCGAUGCUCGAAGCUUUCUGAGCCUUACGUCCACAUGUCGAGCACUGCACAGCCCUGACUUCACUCACGACAGCACGUUCUGGUCCACGCUCGUUCGACGAGAUUUCCGCGUCCCAAAUCAGCCCGUCGUCGAGAAUGAUGGCAGGCGUUGGCAGAAGCUGUACAGGCGAAUGCGUACUCAGACCAAGGCGUUCACCUGGGGCAACAACGAGAAGGGUUGUCUUGGACACGGUGGCGAGAGUCAUGAGAUCAGGCCUAUUGCCUUUCGAGGGAGAGGUGGCAUGUUAAGACUGCACCACGCUAGACGACGGAGAGGGGCUGCAUAUCCAUGCCAGGUCCAAGGUCUGGAUAGUCUAGGGGUGAUAGCCGAUUUGCAGUGCGGCGGUUGGAGCACGACGUUAUUGACAGCGAAGGGAGCGCUGUAUAUACUGGGGGUGCUCGAUGGACUAAAGUGGGAUCAAGCAAAUCAGCAGGUAAGAGACACACCCACACCGUUGAGAUUCCCUCCAGGCUUUCCGCAGCCUCAGGAAAGGCAUGACCCAGCGACUGCAGUCAAACAAUUCAGUUCUGGGAGAGCUCACGUGCUGGCACUGAGCGACUCUGGUCGAAUAUGGAGUUGGCAUCAUCGCGACCUACCAAGCGUCCAUGUCAAGUUUGUGAAUCAUGAGACACGAGAGACUGGUGGCGAGCAAGGCGAAGGUACUGUGAAGAAGGUCGUGGCGGGCUGGAACAAGAGCUCCGCGCUGGUGAAUGGUACUGGUAUCGUGCUAUGGGAACCACUGCAGCUAAGCCGGGAAGAGAUUGAUGUCGCAGAUGCUGCUCUUGUCAUGGAGACACAGGUUGUCCCUCGUACAGGCACAAGACAUGUUGACGAUGAAACGGACACGAUUGGAGAAGUUCUGAACUUCACGCUGCUCGAAGACACGAUCAUAUUCAAUACCUCUCUCGGGAAAGUAUUUGCCGCACUCAUCAGCUGGACCGCUGAGUCACAGACUGUUCAUGAACCAGUUGAGCUGGCCAUACCCCUGGGGGAAGGUGCAGCUCCAGAUGCUUCUUGGGUUACCGAUGUACAAGGCUCGUUCCGCAGCUUUGCUGUCUUCACAAAGGCGGGAGCGGUUCUCACCAGCACUCAGGACGCCAUCAUGCCAUUAGUGCAGGGUCACGAUGGCGAUUGGCAUCCUUUCAAGCGCAUCCCGGCUCUCCAGAACCAGCAGGUCAUAUCUCUCGCAUUCGGCGACUACCACUUCCAUGCUCUCCAUGCACCAGGGUACAUCACGUCCUGGGGGGUAGAGCCGAACUCUUGUGGUGCACUAGGUAUUGGUGGGUAUGGCGCUCCUGAAGGUCGGCUUCGAGGUGUUCGUAACCAGGCUGCAAAUGGCGAUGGCAGGUUGGUGCCUCAUGCCUACACAGCUGGACGCAGAAUUUGGUUCGAGGAGGAGAAACGAAAAUGGGCCCAGUUCUUGACCAGCGGCGGAGUUGAUCAGGAGGAGGCCGCUGAGCGCUUGAGGAUGGCAAUCGGAAGCCCAGAUGUUGCAGCCCAAGGUGAAGUCAGCGAAUGGAUCGAGCAGGAGGGUCGAGAUUGGGAAUCGAAGUUCAAUAUCAAGGACAAGAACGGCGAGGACGAUGGCCUAGGUGCCUACUUCGCGUUGAAUGUCACAGCAGCCGGUUGGCACAGCGCAGCUCUUGUGCUGGUAAACGAGUCGAUGGCAAAUGAAUUGCGUAACGCGGUUGAGAUCCCCGACCAUGUCGGUGCGACAGAAGAAGCUGAGGCUGGUCCCAGCAAUGCUGCAGAGACACCUACACCCGCGCAGGACGGCAAUUCCGAACGAACUAGGACCUGGACAGAUACAGCUGUCGAUUUUGGACGCUACUUUCUCGGCCUCGCACCAUAUAACGUCAACUCGGCUGCGUACGAUCCAAAUGCUCCUCAUCUGCGUCAUGCGCCCACCGCUACCAGUGCCCAACACAAUGUCGCUCCCAGGCUGAGCUAUGGAGCCUCGCCAAGAGAAGGCUUCCACUAUGUGUGGGCAAAUGAUCAUUUCCCACGCCUCCGGCUGAGCAACGGAACCGACAUGCCUGGGGAAGUCGAAUUCGAUGAGUGGCGAUAUGGGAGACCAGAGUGGAAACUGGACUGGGAUCAUCAGGACUGAGUGACUGCUUUGGCUUUGUGAUUCAUGAUUAACGCAUUGAAAGAAUACCUACUCAACAGACUCCUGAGCGCCGAUUCGCAGCCUGCAGUUGUCCGUCCAAAAGCACUUUUUCUCUCAGACACGUAGACUCGACUGCACUGUAUUGCUUGCUAUCUGUAACUUCAGUAAUAAUCUUAGCCUAUGAGACAAUACCUACUCUUUCUGCAACGCGAAU